CUGUGGCCUGUGUUCUCAGCGUGCAGUAUAACCCUCUACAACGUGGUCGAAGUGUUAAAACAACCGUUGUCGACGCCGGUUCAUUGUGACUACAGGAAAUGUGAAUAUGCCUCCCAUUAAUGCAAAAGUGGAGGCUCAGCGGCUUCAACAAGCCAAAUCAGUUAUUAAGAAGAUGAAACAGAAACGUACAGAAGGUAACCGAGUGAAAAUACAUAAGGCAAAGCCUACUGUCAAGGAUCCUGUGUUAUUUUUCAAUGUCAAGAAAGAGACAAUGGAUAACAUCGGAAGUCAAUCAGUUCUUCAUGAUCUAAAUGAUCGUGUUACGAAGAAGAAAUCAACUGCAGCUGGACGCAUUAAAAAGGUAGCCACAACAAGUUGUAAAACGAAUGGUGUGUCAGACCAAGUUUCUAGAGAGGAUGUAUCCCGUAAGCAAAGAAACUCUGAUUUUGUUAGUAAGAAAAUAUCCAUGGAAGAGCCCAUUGCUAAUUUCCAGAAGGUUAAUGGCCAUUCAGAUAGGAUUUAUACCUCACCGCAAUGUAGCAAAGUGGACAGUGCAAGCUGUUCGAAAACAAAAUCUCCUGAAUUAGAUAAUCUGAGUGAUUUCGACAGUCCAUUCAUAGCUGCUUCACGUAUUGGUAAAGUAUACACCUCUAAGAAGAAAGAUUCAGACAAUCCAAUCAUAAGAGCAUCACGUGUUGGUAAAACAAACCGAGCUAAGAAAGAUGGAGAUGAGGAACCAAUGGAUGUUCUAAAUGUGUCAAACCGUGACUCAACUCGUCCCUUGAAGUUGAAAGGAAAGAAAAUCAAAAGGUUACACAAAAACAAAAAUAUUUGCUCUGUAAAGAAAAGAUUUGCUCCAAUGUCAGUUACAAUGAAACCCGGAAGCAUCCAAGGUCCUAUCUUUACUGUCACACAAGAUGACUCCGGCAACUCUGAUGAAUCAAGAGGCAAAGAAAUCUUAAGUGCUCAAGUUGCAAAAAAGAAGGACUCUUGUCUAUCCGCUUUCAGUGUUACUACUGUAUGUGAGAAGACGUUGCCUUCUAAAGAACUUACAGAUGAUGAAGUCAUGCAUAGCUGUUCAGAAAGUGAAGUGCAGUCUGAUGACUCCCAGCCAGAAGUCGAUGAUAGAUUGUCUAAUGCUGGAAGCGAGUGUGAAUUUGAGGAUGUUGUAGAAACAUCAGAGAAAGUGCUACAGCUUACAAAUGAUUGGUCUAGAGCGGAAUUUCAUUUUAUAGAUGGCCAUGUUGUUCUCAAUCUCAAACACCCAUCCACCUUUAUAUUUUGUGGACAGGUUCAGUUAGAGGUACUCAAAGGAACUGUGGAAAUUUUGGGAUAUCGCUUGACACCUGAAAGUGGAUGUCAUACUGUCUUUUCUGCUCGUGGUAGCAGCCUGCUUUCAGUUCAAACUGUUUUAACUGAUGAUGAGUGUCAUAAAUCUCAUAUUCUAGAAGAAAGUAAUUCACUUGCCAGUUUAGCUGCAGAAGGAAAUGACGGGGAUGCAAUGCUCUUGAUGAAAAAGUCAGAAAACACUCUACCCCAAUUUUUAGAGCAGUAUGUGAAUAUUAAAUUAUUCCCGGCCCCGCCUGAAAAAGUAAACCAACAUUCAUAUUGGAAGGCAAGCAAAAGGCUGCAGUGUUUAUGCUAUCCACCAUCAGCAAGCCAUAAAUAUCAGAAGGGAGAAGAUUGGGAUGAUGUUUGUGAAAACAUUGGUCUGCAAUCUGGCUGUACAGUUAUCUGUGGAGGAAAAGGUGUUGGCAAGUCCACAAUGCUACGAUUUAUGGUGAAUCGUUUACUUAGUUGUGGAAAGAAAAGUGUGUUAUUGAUUGAUUUUGAUCCAGGACAGACUGAAUUGACUGUACCUGGAUGUGUGUCUAUUUCCCUUGUUGCCAAGCCUCUUCUAGGUCCAAACUUUACUCAUUUGCAAGAUCCACUGAAAUGCAUUUAUGUUGGUGAUAUUAAUGUCUCAAAUUGUGUGUCUCGGUAUAUGGAUGCCUGCUUAGCUAUCAUAAAUUAUUGGCGAUCUGAUGAAAAUUUGAGGGAUAUACCUUGUGUGGUCAACACAAUGGGUUUCAACAAAGGACUUGGAGUUUCAAUUAUAGUUGAAACUCUUUCACUUCUGCAGCCUACGGGCGUUAUUCAGGUACAGAGCAAGAUUAGUUCACGUAAUUAUCCCGAGCAGUUAUCUGUCGAAUAUGUGAAGAGAAUGUGCUCCAGCUCACCCUUCAGGCUUCAACUUAUGGCUCAGGGUCACCAGGUAUCAUGUCCAAGCUCAUUAGACUAUAAACUCCAUAUUGUUAAGUCUGUGACAGACACAUUGUCAGAACAUCACGAUUCAUUAGGCAUUAGUGCAAGACCAGCUCGAGAGAUUGUUUUACUUUCAUAUUUGUCUCUAAUAGCUAGUACUCAAAAUUUGUCUCUCCUUGAGGCUGUUCCGUAUUGCUGUCCCCUGGAUUCCCUAUACCUCAACAUAUGUCAUGAGAAUGUUCCACCUUCAGCAGCACUGUCAGCUUUUAAUGCUAGUUUAGUUGCUUUAUGCUCUGUUAGUCCUGAAGAAGUUAAUGUAAUUAGAGCUGGAGAGCCUGGACUUCCUUCUAUUUUAACUGGACGUAAUGUAGCUAACUGCUUAGGUUUUGGAAUUGUUCGUGGAAUUGACAUGGAGUCACAGAAUCUUUACCUGUUGACCCCAGUACCUCCCAAUAUUCUAGACAAUGUGAAUUGCUUGGUCUUGGGUGCUGUUUGCCUACCACAAUGUGUGUAUCUAACUCCACCAAAAGAGCCUGGUCCAGUUCCAUUUGUAGUUGUUACUGAAAGUCAACAUGCUGCCCUACCUUCAAAACGUUCCUUCCGUUUUAAUAGGUUGUAGGUACUAUGUAGUUUAUCUAUCUGUAUUUUUGUGCUCCCAUGAUUACUUAAUUCUAAAUAACUUUGACAAUGCAGGAAGAGGAUGUUUGAAUUAAUAAAAAUUUGUACUGGAUUUCUUUUUAUUGUUAAUUAAAAGCGAUUGCUCAUCCAUCAUGAGUCUAAAAUAAAUAAUUGUUCAUGCUUUA